CUGAGUUUCAGUGUGUUCAACAUCUCCAGUUCCUCCACACACACCUGUGACACACACACACACACACACUCGAGAGAUGGCGGCCACACCGGGGACGCUGGCGGUUCUGCUGCUGAUCAGCGGAGUGCGGGUCGCUUCUCCGGCCAUGACUGUGACUAUACCAGCUAAAGAAUAUAAGAUUGCGAGAGGUGAUGAUGUGACGAUCCCCUGCAGAUUCACUCCGCAGCCGACGGGUCACAACGUCCAGAUCUCGUGGAGUGCGGCUGCAGACUCGCCGGACCAACCCACGAUUAAAAUCCUCACUUCAAUCAAAGUGCAGACGAAAUAUAAAGGCCGAGCGAGUCUAUUGCAAGAUAUCCCGGCCGGAAAAGCAGAUCUGCAGCUCCUGAAGGUCACCAGCGCGGACACGCGCGUCUACGAGUGCGGGGUGGAGAACCUGAGUAACGAUGAGGACGGGCAGUCUGCCAACACCAAACUCAUAGUCUUGGUGGCUCCCUCGACGCCCGUCUGCAAGAUCGAAGGGACGCCGGAAUACUUUCAGGACAUCAAACUGAGCUGCCACUCGGAGGAGGGGACGCCCACCCCGACCUACAGGUGGCAGAGCUACGACACCACCAACAGACCCCGCCCCAACCCGGCCAAGGCCACUGACGUAAACGGAGUUUUGUCGCUCUUCAAUGUUACCAAAGAAACGUCUGGUUUCUACACCUGCACGUCCACCAAUGAAAUCAGAUCUGCAUCGUGUAAUCUGACCCUGGCCGUCAUGCCACCGUCCAUCAGCAUGGCGUCGGUCGGCGGGUUCAUCGGAGCCGGUGUGGCCGUAGUGGUUGUCAUCGGGAUCAUCUGCAUCUGCUGCUAUUGCUGUCGGAGGAGGAAGAAGAAGCUUGAGGAAUACGCCAUGGGGAGUCACGACGGAGGAGAGUUCACAGACAAGGACCCUGAGGAGAAAGAGGACGCUCCGGAAGAACUCGUCAGCUACGAGGAAGAACGCCGCGUGAAAAGCGCCGACAGACUUGAUGUGCAGGACAACCGUAGCGAGAGGAGCUACGACCGGCGCAGCGACUACACCGACCGACGAGACGACUACAGCGACCGGCGCGAGCGCUACGAUCGAGAUGAGCGCUACGAUGACCGCCGCGACCGUGACCGCGACCGCUACGAUGACCGCCGAGAUCGCUACGAUGACCGCCGCGACCGAUACGAUGACCGGCGAGGUCGUGACGAUGACCACUACGACAGCGACCGCUACUCCGAGCGCUACGACAGCCGCGACAGACCUCCUAGCGUUCCGCCCACUAAACCCAGAGACCCGAGAAUCUGAGUUCAACAGACACUGAUUCAUUCCUCAGCCACAGAAGCACAAUCAUCAUAAUUAUGACAUCAAAAUAUUAAUAUAUCAAAAUUGACACUCUAAGUCAAGUUUUUGAUUAAGAUUCACUAAAGUAUUGCAACAACAAAAGUUUAUCCCCAUAUUCUGAAUAUUAGAUUUGAUAGAAUGAAAGGGCUUUAAUAAAUCUAACGCUGGAGAAAGCAGCCGACGCACACCAGUGUCCUGAUCCUGCAUGAGGCGAUGAUGUGAUGUAUGGACUUCACCGCUGGUCAUGUGUUCUGACAGGCCAUUACCCUCGUCUCAUAUUUAAGUGUCUUUCUCUAUUUUUACGACUCUUUUUACGUUUCUCUGUUGAUGUUUCGUCUGGGUUUUCCUUGAAUUUAUGUCUUCUUAAUCUCUUAAUAUUCAUAUAGUAGGAAUAAAUAUUGGUGAAUCUUUUUUUUAGCCCAUUGCUUUAUUUUUGUAUUGUUUCAAAAUAAAACAUUCAAGCUUGUGUUGGUAGAUUAACUGGUUUCACCAAAGUUCCUCAUGCAGCUGAUUUAGUAUUCAGGCUUCCGUCUUACAAAGUGCCAAACUGCACAGCACUGGUCAUCAGACGUCUAACUAACCCGUGCUCAGCUCAGCACUGGUCAUCAGACGCCUAACUAACCCGUGCUCAGCUCAGCACUGGUCAUCAGACGCCUAACUAACCCGUGCUCAGCUCAGCACUGGUCAUCAGACGCCUAACUAACCCGUGCUCAGCUCAGCACUGGUCAUCAGACGUCUAACUAACCCGUGCUCAGCUCAGCACUGGUCAUCAGACGCCUAACUAACCCGUGCUCAGCUCAGCACUGGUCAUCAGACGCCUAACUAACCCGUGCUCAGCUCAGCACUGGUCAUCAGACGCCUAACUAACCCGUGCUCAGCUCAGCACUGGUCAUCAGACGCCUAACUAACCCGUGCUCAGCUCAGCACUGGUCAUCAGACGCCUAACUAACCCGUGCUCAGCUCAGCACUGGUCAUCUAUCAUCCGGCAGCUUCACAUCUGUAAUUCAUCGUUAUGAAAACUGUCCCUGUUGUUCACGUCAGUCUGUGAGUUUUGCAUCCGGACAUUUAAUUUAAAUUGUUAGUAAAUGUAAUUAUUCUUAAACAUUAAAUUAGGAUCAUGUCAUGGGAAAUACCUGUAUAUGACAUAAAUGUAUUGAACAAUAGAGAAUCUCAUAUAUAUUAUUUUUGAUGUUUUUAUUGUAUUCAAUGAUUUGUAAAUUAUACUGUAUGUUCUGAUAUCGUUUCCAUGCUGUUUAUUUUAUAAGUUGUAAUGAUAUUAUUAAAGCCAUGUUUUUAUUACA